UCUUGGAGGUCCCGGAAUCCGCGAUCAUAUGUUGUAACCGCAAAGUUUUGCGCAAACCGCGACUAUCGUCGUAGGAUAGAAACUGUGAAACUGGUUGCGCGAGCAAGAAGGAAAAUCAGCUGAGUCGCGCUUAGCACAACGUACGAAGAACCCUCAGAUGCACCUGAACGAAGUGCCUUCGUCCAAUCGCCGUUGAAAUCAAUUUCGGUCGUCCAUCACCACCGCCGCCGCUGCCAGCAAAUGUCGGUAAACCGCUGAUGUAAUUUUGCGGUAAUCCGGUUUCCGCGCGGUGAUGACGGCCGCGAGGAAAUAUUUCCAUGUAUCACACGCCGUCCUGUAGAGGUGCAUCUGAGGGGAGGUGGCUCAGCCACCGAGAGGCACGACGAGUCGACUCGACGCCGGUCGGAGCAAGUCUGUAGACAUCCGAGAGGAUGUUCAUUGUAUCUCGUUCAAAUCUCACCGUCGGUAGGUGAUAGCUGAUCGAUAUUGAAACGAAGAGACAAUCUCUAGGAAGGAUGAGAUGGCUCGGACUUUGAGGGCUCUUCGAAGAUGAAAUUGUAAGAUGACGAGUGGCUCGUGACAUCCGUGUCGCGUUUUAUACAAUAAUGCGGCUGAACUUCAAGACAACCCUGCUUGUACUGGUAGUCGCGACAGUGAGCUUUCUACUCGCGUCGUGGAAUAAUUGUGGAAGCCUACUGUUCCAUACAGAUUGGAAGAGAUAUCAACACAAGGACCGUUUAAAUACAGAGUCAGGAUAUCAAGAGAUAGACUGUCACAUAAACGGCGAUUAUUCCAUAGGAUGUCGCAAGGAAGGCGACGAAGUAUAUAUACCAUUUUCAUUUAUCCAUAAAUAUUUUGAGAUUUAUGGAAAACUAGCUACCUAUGAUGGCCUGGAGAGAUUCGAAUGGCUGCACAGUUAUUCAAAGAUCGUAAAUCCCAAGGGGAAGUAUGAUCCUCGAGGUGUAUUUAUGACCUUUGAAAAUUACAAUGUUGAGGUCAGGGAUAGAGUCAAGUGCAUCAGUGGCACUGACGGCGUACCGAUAUCGACGCAAUGGGAGAGCCAGGGAUACUACUAUCCCACGCAAAUUGCUCAAUUUGGGUUAUCGCAUUACAGUAAAAAUCUAACCGAGCCCGAACCACACAAAAAGACCAUCGAGGAUUCUGAUAAGGUUAAGCAGAACUGGAAUGUUCCUCAAGGAUCAGUUAUGAAUAGAGUGUAUGACAAGCAGACUAAUAGUUACGUUCUGAAAUUUGCCACCCCGGAAACGAGUACGUCCGGGAUUUCUCUGAAACUCGAUCACGUACUGGACUUUGUGUUGAAAUGGGAUUUUAAUAUCAAGGACAAUGGAAGCAUCACGGUUACGCUGCAAUCGAGGGAGAAGAAGGAGAUGUACUAUCUUCAUUAUGUCACUAACAACAUAGUAUUGCAGAACUACAACAAUCAUGUGCACUAUGGAAUCGGACAAGCUAAUCACCAGUGGAGACGUCUCACUAGAGACCUUGUAAUUGACCUGCAAAAAGGCCUUUAUCUGAAUGAUAAGAGUAAGAAGAAAUUGCCCCGAUCUAAGUUGAAGGUAGUCAAAAUCACUUUGUACGGCACCGGUAUGAUUGACAAUAUGACAUUAUCGACUAGCGAACACAUGGAACAGUUUUAUGAUGCGGCAAGAUGGUUUGUCGCUAAUCAGAAUAUCACUUCUGGUGGGUGGCCGAAUCCUGUCAGGAGAAAAGUGGCGUCUGGAAUGGCUAUUCUUGAGCCUGGAUGGUAUUCCAGCAUGGGUCAGGGUCAUGCGAUAUCAGUGCUGGCACGAGCAUAUUAUCAUUCCGGAGAGGCGAAAUACUUGCAGGCCGCUAUCAGAGGUUUACGGCCUUUCAGACUGACAUCUGCUAAUGGAGGGGUAGCCGCGCUGUUUCUUGGCAAAUACGUCUGGUACGAGGAAUACCCCACUACACCCUCCUCCUUCAUUCUCAACGGUUUUAUUUAUUCACUUAUCGGUCUAUACGAUUUGAAGAGCAUAGCGAUGGGUAAGGACGCGGAGGAGGCGACCAGACUCUUUAAUCAGGGUAUGAUAUCGUUAAAAAAUAUGUUAACGUUAUACGACACUGGCUCGGGUACAACGUACGAUCUGCGUCAUUUUACAUUAAAGACAGCACCCAACUUAGCUAGAUGGGAUUACCAUUCUACUCACAUUAAUCAGCUUCUUCUUCUUAAUUCCAUUGACAAUGAUCCUAUUUUUAUUACGACUGCGGAGAGAUGGAUUGGUUAUAUGAAUGGUAAAAGAGCGGCGCAUAACUAACUAUUCAUAUUUAGAUAAUAUUUCAUCUCCUUUGUAUUUUGUUUACAUUUAUUUAUUUAAAUUAUUUUUCUUAUUUUUUUAUACCUAAAGAUUCAUCAUUAAUUUCAUUUUAAUUUUCUUCCGUUACAUUGAAAAAGAAAUAUUUUUUCGUGUAAUUUUUAUUUUAUAUUUAUUAUAAUCGUAGUCUCGUGAUUAAAUAGAAGAGUAGACAAAAAAUACGAGCGCAUGAGAACUAAAAUUACUUGCGAUCUGUUAAUAUUUUAGAAGAAUGAAAUAAUAGGAGAUGAAACUGUAA